AUGGCGUCGUCAUCGUCGCCGGCUGUGGAGCACGUGGUGGCCGACGCCGGGGCCUUUCUGCAGAACGUGUCGCUGCAGGAUAUCGGGAAAACCAUCUACACCAUCAAAGAAGUGGUCAGCGAGAUCCGGGACAAAGCCACCAGGAGACGGCUGGCCGUGCUGCCCUACGAGCUGCACUUCAGAGAGCCGUACCCGCAGUACGUCAGGCUCGUGACAGAAUUCUCAAAAAAGACCGGAGAUUAUCCCAGCCUCUCAGCUACAGAUCUGCAGGUGUUGGCACUCACCUACCAGUUGGAAGCAGAACACGUCGGGGUGGCUCACCUAAAGAAAGAACCGGAACGAAAGGUUCAUGUGAGCUCAGUGAUGCAGCACCCCGAAGCCCCUGUACAUGUUGCUGGUUUCCACCUACCUUCCAAGGCCAGAGUUGUCAAGGAAACCCUAUGCCCCAAGACCCUUGCAGCAGAAGCGGAGGACCCAGAGUUCAGCUCCUUUCAGUUUUGGAGAAACCCUCUGCCCAGAAUUGAUGAUGACGAUCUGCGGGCGUUGCUGACCGGGGAAAAUCAGGACGGUUCGAGCGAGGAGGAAGAGGAUGGAAGUACGGACAGGACAUCUGAGGAUAGUGACGACGAUGAAGGGUGGAUAACCCCCAGCAAUAUUAAGCAGGUGCAACAGGAAUUGGGACACUGUGAUGUUCCGGACAACGUGCGGGUCGGCUGUGUGACCACGGACUUUGCCAUGCAGAAUGUUUUGCUCCAGCUGGGGCUCCAUGUGCUGGCAGUGAGUGGAAUGGUGAUUCGGGAGGCCAGAAGCUACAUACUGCGUUGUCAUGGCUGUUUUAAGACAACGUCUGACAUGAACAAAGUCUUCUGCGCAUACUGCGGCAACAAGACACUGAAAAAAGUGGCAGUGACCAUCACCGACAACGGCGACCUUCACAUGCAUUUCUCCCGCAACCCCAAGGUGCUGAAUGCCCGCGGGCUCCGGUAUUCGCUUCCUGCGCCCAGAGGCGGAAAGCACGCCAACAACCCGCAUCUAGCGGAGGACCAGCGCUUCCCCCAGCAGCGGUUAUCCCGAAAGGCCCGACAGAAAACGAACGUCUUCGACCCCGCGUACCUCGCCGGCGUGUCUCCCUUCGCCGAGAACGACGUCUACAGCCGGGCGGCCACGCUCCAGAUCCGGGACGGGUCGCUGGGGGCAGGCCGCAGGCGCCUCAACCCCAAUGCGGCCAACAAGAAGUUUGUGAAGCGGAGGUGAUCGGCCAAGGGAAGGCCUCAGACGGAGCGAUGGGAUCACGGCUGGAGAUCUCCCCCUCAACCCCCCGGCAGUGUGGAGUUCUGGGAAGAAAGCACCAAGACUAGCCACGGGAGUGUCUCUCACUGGCAGCCUUUCCGUGUGCUUUAGGAUUCCCACAGCCAUCAGCUAGAGUGGCACUGAAUAUGGGGAUUUGCUUCUAGAAGACUGUCUGACAGCAGGGAGUCACCCCUUGGCAGAAAAGGGGGGCUCUGAAGGUCCGGAGGAGUUAACAUUAGCUGAAGAGUUAACGGAGAAACCUUAGAAGCAAUAUUCCGAAGCACCUUUCCGAUACCAAAUCCCUCCCCUCCGCGUUUUAAGAGGGGAAAGUUGCAUCCUUUUUUCUAAUAAAUGUGGUGGUUAACUUA